UUACCAUUAUUUCUAAUGUUUGUUUCAUUUGCAACUGUUCUUUUCUUGUUCAAAAACCAUAAAAAUCAGUUAAUAUUAUUUCUGAUUGAAUUGCUCAUUUCCUUUUUAUUUCAGGUUAUCCAAAGAAGAGGUAAUUUCUUAAGACCAAAGGAUUAUUUUUAUCAAGACUGGAAAGCCUAUAAAAAUGGAUUCGGUAACAUCGAAGAAGACUUCUGGCUCGGCAACGACAAUAUAUAUUCGCUGACGAAUCAAAAACUGUAUUCCGUCAGGAUUGAUCUGCAAGAUGUUGAAGGGAACAAACGUUAUGCUUUCUAUGAUAAAUUCUGGAUCGAAGAUGAAGAUCGCAAGUAUACUUUACAUAUUGACAGUUACUGUGGAGACGCAGGUGAUUCGAUGAUAGUUAUACAUAAUAACCAAAAAUUUAGCACAAAGGACCAAGAUAAUGACAACGAGAAGACUCAGAAUUGUGCCCAGAUAUACAAAGGUGGAUGGUGGUACAACGCUUGCCAUUCUGCAAAUCUUAAUGGUCUCUAUCUCAGAGGCAAGCAUGAAUCUUACGCAGAUGGAGUCACCUGGAGUGCUUGGAAGGGUCAGCGCGAAUCUAUGGAUACAGUCGAAAUUAAAAUAAGAUCGAAGAAUUUCCGUAAAUCGCUUGUUGAUGUUGAUUACAUAACAUGCUGUUAAACUUAUUUGUUAAAAAUAAAACAUUAUUAUAUGUUUC